CAGCAGAGUGGCUUUCCGUUUUGAUAAUUUAGAACUGUAGCUUUUUCUCUGGGGAAAAAACCAUGCUUGAUGAGCUAGCUCAGUUUUAAGAUGUUUUAUUUAGAAGAAGAUAGUAAAGAUGAGGAGGAGGAGGAGAAGGUUCAUGAAGGCUCAUUAAGUAAAACUGGAGGUGUUUACCAUGGAAAGGCCCCUGCUGGCAUCCUGUUUCAAACCAUGAAUUAUGUAGGACAGCUGGCUGGGCAGGUGAUUGUCACUGUGAAGGAACUCUACAAGGGCAUUAACCAAGCCACUUUGUCUGGGUGCAUCGAUGUCAUUGUGGUGCGGCAGCAGGAUGGCACCUAUCAGUGUUCACCUUUCCACGUUCGGUUUGGGAAGCUGGGGGUCCUGAGAUCCAAAGAGAAAGUGAUUGAUAUAGAAAUCAAUGGCGAUGCAGUGGAUCUUCACAUGAAAUUGGGUGACAAUGGGGAAGCUUUCUUUGUGGAGGAGACUGAAGAGGAAUAUGAAAAACUUCCUGCCUACCUUGCCACCUCACCAAUUCCUACUGAAGACCAGUUCUUUAAAGAUAUGGAUGCUCCUUUGGUGAAAUCUGGUGGAAAUGAAAGACCAUCUCAGAGUUCAGAUAUCUCACACAUCUUGGAAACAGAAACAGUUUUCACUUCAAGUUCUGUGAAAAAGAAAAAACGAAGGAGAAAGAAAUGCAAACAGGAUAGUAAGAAGGAAGACCAAAAUGCUUCCCCUGCCUCCCCUGCUGCAGAGGAUACUGUGGAUGUGGAAAUGAGCUCUGAUGAUGACAAGGCGGCCCAGUCAGCAAGAGGAUCUUCAAAUGCUUCCUUAAAGGAAGAUGAAUAUAAGGAGCCUUUGCUCUUCCAUUCUGGGGAUCACUACCCCUUAUCUGAUGGAGACUGGUCCCCUUUAGACAACCCCUAUUCCCCAGCAGCAGUAUGUCCUAAGAGUGAUUCAGAGUUGGAGGUGAAACCUGCCGAGAGCCUGCUCAGAUCUGAGUCCCACAUGGAGUGGACGUGGGGAGGGUUCCCAGAGUCCACCAAGGUCAGCAAAAGAGAGCGAUCUGACCAUCAUCCUAGGACAGCUACGAUUACACCCUCAGAAAAUACUCACUUUCGGGUAAUUCCCAGUGAUGACAACCUCAUAAAUGCAGUUGAAAAAGAUGUUUCUAUGGGAGAAACAGUCUGUACCAUAGUGAAACCCAAACCCAGAGCCCUGUGUAAGCAGAUGAGCGAUGCAACUUCUGCUGCAGAACUUCUCGAACCUCCCCUGGAACCUCCUCAGAUUUCAUCUAUGUUAGAUGCAGAGCACCUUCCUAACCCAUCAUUAGUGGAGACCCCCUCAGAAUCAAAACCUGCAGUGAAAGUAGACUCACCAUCAAAGAAGAAAGGCGUCCACAAAAGAAGCCAGCACCAGGGACCUGAUGAUAUUUACCUGGAUGACCUAAAGGCUCUAGAACCUGAAGUUGCAGCGCUCUAUUUUCCUAAAAGUGAAUCGGACCCUGGCUCCCGGCAGUGGCCCGAGUCUGACACGCUCUCUGGCUCCCAGUCCCCACAGUCUGUGGGAAGUGCAGCUGCAGAUAGUGGCACCGAGUGCCUCUCAGAUUCUGCUAUGGACUUGCCUGAUGUCACCCUCUCCCUUUGUGGGGGUCUCAGUGAAAACGGAGAAAUUUCCAAAGAAAAAUUCAUGGAGCAUAUCAUUACUUAUCAUGAAUUUGCAGAAAACCCUGGACUCAUAGAUAAUCCUAACCUUGUAAUACGGAUAUAUAACCGUUAUUAUAACUGGGCUUUGGCUGCUCCCAUGAUCCUUAGCUUGCAAGUAUUCCAGAAGAGUCUGCCGAAGGCCACAGUUGAGUCCUGGGUCAAAGAUAAGAUGCCAAAGAAAUCUGGUCGCUGGUGGUUUUGGCGUAAGAGAGAGAGCAUGACCAAACAGCUGCCAGAGGCCAAGGAAGGGAAAUCCGAGGUGCCACCAACCAGUGAUCUGCCAUCGAGCGCAAAGGAGCCAGCCAGUGGCAGGCUGACUGAGGAUGACUCAUCGAGUGAUGAGGGGUCACAGGAGCUCGAAGAGUCCAUCAAAGUGGACCCUGUUCCCACAGAGCCCCCAAGCCAUGGCAGCACAACCUCCUAUAAGAAGUCUCUUCGACUCUCUUCGGACCAGAUUGCAAAACUGAAGCUCCAAGAUGGCCCAAAUGAUGUCGUGUUUAGUAUUACAACCCAGUAUCAAGGUACCUGCCGCUGUGCAGGGACCAUUUACCUGUGGAACUGGAAUGACAAGAUCAUCAUUUCUGAUAUUGAUGGGACAAUAACCAAAUCUGAUGCUUUGGGCCAGAUUCUUCCACAGCUGGGUAAAGACUGGACUCAUCAGGGUAUAGCAAAGCUCUACCACUCCAUCAACGAGAAUGGCUACAAGUUCCUAUACUGCUCCGCACGUGCCAUUGGCAUGGCUGACAUGACCCGUGGUUACCUGCACUGGGUCAAUGACAAGGGUACCAUCUUGCCUCGGGGCCCUCUCAUGUUGUCCCCCAGCAGCCUGUUCUCUGCCUUCCACAGGGAAGUGAUAGAAAAGAAGCCAGAGAAGUUCAAAAUUGAGUGUCUAAACGAUAUCAAGAAUCUGUUUGCCCCAUCUAAGCAGCCCUUUUAUGCUGCCUUUGGAAACCGUCCAAAUGAUGUCUAUGCUUACACACAAGUUGGAGUUCCAGACUGCAGAAUAUUCACCGUGAACCCCAAGGGUGAAUUAAUACAAGAAAGGACCAAAGGAAACAAGUCCUCGUACCACAGGCUGAGCGAACUCGUGGAGCACGUGUUCCCACUUCUCAGUAAGGAACAGAACUCUGCCUUUCCCUGCCCAGAGUUCAGCUCCUUCUGCUACUGGCGGGACCCGAUCCCCAAAGUGGACCUGGAUGAUCUGGCGUGAGGUGACACCUCCAGGGGGAGGUCCUCAGUCCCUCACCUCACAGCAAGGGAAGGUGACCAGCACUUCUGCUGGGCAGAGGACAUUGGGCAACCCUGCAAGCCACAGGUGCAGGACGAGACCCAUGUGGAUGGCCGGGCACCAGCAGGCACUGCACUGGGAGAGUCCUGGAGCUGCAACCAUGGUCCUCCUUCCCCUUCCCAGGCCUGGUAGGGCUGUGACCCAGUGCCCUGGGCAGGGUUGGGGGGGGGGAAGGGGACAGUGGAGGAGCUUGGACCUGCGGUCGGAGGCCUGGGCUCCUAGCGCUGUGGUCCUCAUACACGUGCUGUGUCAGGUGUGUGCUGGUGCUCCUUUAACUGAAUGAUUUAAAAGGAAGAAAGAAGCUGAGAGGGGACCAAAACAUGUAUACAGUAAAGUGUUAUAAUUUCCACUGGGCAGUUGAGAGUGUUUCUCUCUACAACCAGGGCUUUCUUCAGGCGAUCAGGGUCCACUGAGCUGCUUCAGGUCCAGUUAGUGACAUGGUUCAAACCACCUGUGCACAUUUCUGCCGUGGGCUCUUUCUUCCGUACCACAGGGAAACAGGACAUCUGCUUGGGUGGGCUGCUCCCAAUGGGGCCCAGGUCAUGAGUCCCAGUCCCCCAGAUGGGGGCUUCUGGAGAAGAAGAGCCCCUUAGUUCAUUGCCUUCUCAACUGUGACUAGCCCGGAAGUUGUCUUGGACCUGGCUAGGCGAACAGGUCUUGCUGUCUGCUUGGUGCCUGUAAGAAGAGCACUGAUGGCAGACAUUGAUUGGAUAAGCUACAGCUCGGUUUUCAGAGAGGCCUUAGCAAUGCAGAUCUGCACUCCUGUGGGGUCUUGGAAGAGCCUUUUUCCGUGUCCCUCUGCCUGCAACUCUCUCCCAGCCUGGGUGUGAUGAGUCAGCAGUCCGAGCAGACCCCACCAGGGGUGGGCCCACCCUGUCAGCCCCUCCAGGACUGAGAGCCUGGGUGGUGAGGGCCACCUCCGUGUUGGAAUCCAGAGGACUACUGGAGAGGAGGCACACAUGCACACAGGCCUCGGCCACGGUCAGCCAAGUCCAGGGCAGAGAGCGGGAGCUGCGGGUCCAGACGCCCCUGGGGGCGGCUUCCUGUCCACCUCUGCUUGCCCGCCCCCCGCUGUGGUGCUCUCCUCGCACUCCUCAUUCCAGUCCGCCCCACUCGGGUAAUACUGACCUAGAGAUGCAGAAGGGGGAUGGUUAUUUUUCCAGACUGGAGAGUUGGAAGCCCUUUUAGUCCGGCCAUCUGUCCUAGUGGAUGCGGAGGUGAUGGCCCAGCCCUCUGAACACAGUUCUCAGCGGCUGAACAUGGCAGCACAUACUCCAAAAGAGGAGCGACAGGUGCUGCUUCCAGCGCGCACCCCCCACCUUUUACAGUACAAGGACUAGUCAUUGAAAUAGUUUAUGUACAGUAGGUUAGGCAAACUAGGUUAUGCUUAGAGGAAGUUGUGCCCAGUUAGUGAAUUCAGGUGCUGGCAGAGCAGCGGUGCGGGCCUCCCAGACUCUCCACGUUGGUUGCACAGGAGGAGCCUGAGCUUUUGUGCUGAACCUCAGCUGCCAGGGCUUCUCUGCAUGCUGCGGUACAGGAAUCUUCUUGACUUCUGUAGUCCUCUAUAGGCUGUCCUUUAAAGAGUUUUUGAUGAGACAGUUUCUUUUCCUUGAUGAACUCUUCUCUGUGGACACAUGGGCCUCGUAAAGGUCCCGCCCAGGAGCCCAGCCUGCCAGCCCCUGCCCAGGGCAGCUGACCCCCCGGCCCUGUGUCCAUAAGCACUAGACUUUGUCAUUUUUGUUGCUGCAGGUUGAUCCAGUGGGUACCUUCGCUAAUUAAUGUGAGUCUUUUUCCUUAUUUAAAGGAGUCCCUCUUGCUGAAAGUAGAUGAUUACUAUCACUCUAGUGUUACAAAAGUAUUAAGUUUGUGCUGAAACCCAUUGCCAUUUGGUACAAAUGACAUUUGUUCUUUCUGUGAAAGAGAGUUACCCUCAAGUGUGUUUGUACACCGACCCUUCCCAUGGUGAGUUACUGAAGGAACCCGAGCCUCGUGCUGCUUUCGGUGAUCGGCGGUCUCGUGGGGUGAUCGCCGGCGGAUUGGGCUUUUCAGAGUCAUUGUUUUGGUUGGUCUACUGCUGCAGUGGCCUUGGCCCCUUUCCCACUCUCCAGUUCAGCCCGACUUGAGUAUAUGCCUUGAUACCCCUGUGCUGAAGCUUGUGUGGCCCUGGCGCCAAUGUCUGCAUCUCCGGCAGGCGUUGGGACGUGCACAUGCAGGCCCGGAAGCAUGCACACUUAGCCCCCGUGUGAGAACUGUUUGCUGUGCUCAGAACCAUCUACAUAGUUUUCAGCUGGAAAAGAAAAAAGUUACAGGGUGAUGUCCUAAAAUGAAAGCUGCUGACAGUCGCAGGGAGAACAGCUGAGGACCCAUAGCCAGCGACACAACCAGAAGGUGCCUGUGUCCGGGAGGCACAUGUGUGGCCCUUCCGGGGUCUGUUCCUGAAGGUGCAGGCAGGACCUUUACAAACAGAUAGUAAAUGCUUUCUCCUUCUGCUAGUUGGUGAAAACAGCCUCUUCCAGGGAAUUUUAGCAUCUUUUUAAGUAUCUUGUUUACUCUGGGAAGCCUUGUUUUCCUAUUUUAGAACAUGCUGUGUUUAAUGAAACUGGUUAAAAGUUGAGUUUUUGUUUAAGUGCUCUUUCCAGGUGAAAACUACUUUUUUGGUUUGAUUUGACGGUAAGAAAGGGAGGGGGGGAACUUUGUUGUUUUAAUUUAAUAAUUACAGUUAGCCUAUGAUGAAGUAUUCGAUUCUUAGCAAUGCCACUAAUAAGUUUUAAGUUGUCAGGAAUUGUGAACAUCCAUACGGUACUCUUGGUCAUGGCAAAGACCGUUACCCUGAGAUAAAUGGCUCAUAUUUUGGUGCGGUGUUUGAUGUUCAAAACAAGAUGUUAUAACAAUAAACAAACGUAAACCGAA